AUGUCAGGCAUCGCGCGCGGGCGCCUCGCAGAGGAGCGCAAGGUGUGGCGUAAGGACCGCCCCCACGGUUUUGUCGCCCGCCCCGAGACUGUGGACGGCGCGGUGAACCUCCUACGGUGGGAGUGCUCCAUCCCGGGCCGGAAGGACACGCUGUGGGCCGGGGGCUUCUACCCUCUCACGAUGGAGUUCAGCGAGGACUACCCGUCCAAGCCGCCGAAGUGCAAGUUCCCUCAGGGGUUCUUCCACCCCAACAUCUACCCCUCGGGCACCGUCUGCCUCAGCAUCCUGAACGAGGACGAGGGUUGGAGGCCGUCGAUCACGGUGAAGCAGAUCCUGAUGGGAAUCCAGGACCUGCUGGACUCCCCAAACCCUGCCUCGCCCGCGCAGAGCGAGGCGUACAUGCUCUUCACGAACGACAGGGCGGACUACGAUAGGAAGGUGAAGGAGCAGUCGCUCAGGUACCCGGCACUCUGA